ACCCACCCACCUUCGCUCUCUCUCCCUCUCCCCCUCUCUCUCUUCCCCGAAACAAAUGGAAUCCCCAAAUGCACCCCUCUCCCAAUGUCCUCCUCUUCCUCCUCCGUCCCCGGCGGCGGACCACCCCCUCUCUCCGCCUCCCACUACCUGAGAUCUCUCGGCCCCGGCUACGCUAUCGCCGUGGCCUUUGCCUUCCUUGUCCUCCUCUCCACCGUCAUCCUCUCCUCCUACUUCUGCUGCCGCCGCCGCCGCCGCGAACUCGAAACGCAAAACCCUAACCCUAGCUUUUCUGUCUCCGAGAAUGGCAUCGUCCUCCCCCGCAUAAUCUUCGUCGCUGAGGACGACGACGACGACGACGGUGGCGGCAACGAACACGCCGUCGUGGGGCUGGAUAACGCCGUCAUCAACUCGUACCCUAAGUUCCCGUUCUCGAGGGACUUCCGCGGCGGCGUCGGCGUGAACGACUCGAUGUGCUCGAUCUGUCUCUGCGAGUACAGGGACGCCGAGAUGCUCAGGAUGUUGCCGGACUGCCGGCAUUACUUCCACCUCACUUGCGUCGACGCUUGGCUGAAGCUCAACGCUUCGUGCCCGGUCUGCCGGAACUCGCCGCUUCCGACGCCGCUGUCCACGCCGCUCUCCGAGGUGGUGCCGCUGUCGCAGUACUCCGACGGCCGGAGGAGGUGAUGGUAGUAGUGAUUGUGUUUGAUUUCGCAGAUCCUUGCUCUGGUCAUUUGGAAUUUUUUGGACGUUAGAACGGUGCAAGUCGAACGAAGAAGGGUUUGUCUUUUUCCUUCUUGCUUAGGAUCGUCUUCUCACCUUGAAUUAUGACUAUAGAUUUACUUGUAAAGCAGAAGCUCACGAGCCAUGACCAAUCUUGAAUUUAUGAAUUUAUUUCUCUGUAUGGAAUUGGGCAAAUCGAACUUUUCGAUUUCUUGCUUC